GCCGCUGCCGAGUCUAGGGUCUGUAGCUUUAGGAGUGACGGGUACAGCCGGCAAGCAGGCUAGUAGGCAGCCGGGCGGGGAAACGGCGGGCACGGCCUGCUUUCUCUGAGAUAGGAGGGGACCGCUUUCCUUGUUUCCAGAAUCCCCCAGGCCCUGAAGGCUGCCUAAGCUGGUGAGGGGGAAGCUGAGGAGCCGCGGACGCUCCACCCGGCGCCGCCGCCGCCACCGCCAUGGCUGCCAUGAUGGAUCGGAAGUGAGCCUCAGGGCGACGGCUGCCGGCGCUUCGAGUCUUGGUUCCCUGGUUUCCCCCUCCGGGGAAAGCGGGACACCGCAGACUGAUUCUCUCGGCCAUCGCGACCCUAGAUCCUCAGCUCGGGCUUGCUUCCUCCAAGACUUAAGCGUUGGGGAGUGGUUCCUGGCCUCCGCCCCCGGCAGCGAGGAAGAUGGCGGACCCGGCCGAGUGCAAUAUCAAAGUCAUGUGCCGCUUCAGACCUCUCAACGAGUCUGAAGUGAACCGCGGCGAUAAGUACAUCGCCAAGUUUCAGGGCGAAGACACGGUCAUGAUUGCGACCAAGCCUUAUGCAUUUGAUCGGGUAUUCCAGUCAAACACAUCUCAAGAGCAAGUGUAUAAUGACUGUGCAAAGAAGAUUGUUAAAGAUGUACUUGAGGGAUACAACGGAACAAUAUUUGCAUAUGGACAGACAUCCUCUGGGAAAACACACACAAUGGAGGGAAAACUUCAUGAUCCAGAAGGCAUGGGAAUUAUUCCAAGAAUAGUGCAAGAUAUUUUUAAUUAUAUUUAUUCCAUGGAUGAAAAUUUGGAAUUUCAUAUUAAGGUUUCAUAUUUUGAAAUUUAUUUGGAUAAGAUAAGGGACCUAUUAGAUGUUUCAAAGACCAACCUUUCAGUUCAUGAAGAUAAAAACCGAGUCCCCUAUGUAAAGGGAUGCACAGAGCGUUUUGUAUGUAGUCCAGAUGAAGUUAUGGAUACCAUAGAUGAAGGAAAAUCCAACAGACAUGUAGCCGUUACAAAUAUGAAUGAACAUAGCUCUAGGAGUCACAGUAUAUUUCUUAUUAAUGUAAAACAAGAGAACACGCAAACGGAGCAAAAGCUGAGUGGAAAACUUUAUCUGGUUGAUUUAGCUGGUAGUGAAAAGGUUAGUAAAACUGGAGCUGAAGGUGCUGUGCUGGAUGAAGCUAAGAACAUCAACAAGUCACUUUCUGCUCUUGGAAAUGUUAUUUCUGCUUUGGCUGAGGGUAGUACGUAUGUUCCAUACCGAGAUAGUAAAAUGACAAGAAUCCUUCAAGAUUCAUUAGGUGGGAACUGUAGAACCACUAUUGUAAUUUGCUGCUCUCCAUCAUCAUACAAUGAAUCUGAAACAAAAUCUACACUCCUGUUUGGUCAAAGGGCCAAAACAAUUAAGAACACAGUUUGUGUCAAUGUAGAGCUAACUGCGGAACAAUGGAAAAAGAAGUAUGAGAGAGAAAAAGAAAAAAAUAAGACCCUCCGUAACACCAUUCAGUGGCUUGAAAAUGAACUCAACCGAUGGCGUAAUGGAGAGACAGUGCCUAUUGAUGAACAGUUUGACAAAGAGAAAGCCAACUUGGAAGCUUUCACGGUGGAUAAGGAUAUUGCUGUUAAUAAUGAUAAACCAGCAGCCACAAUUGGAGUUACUGGAAACAUGACUGAUGCUGAAAGAAGAAAGUGUGAAGAAGAAAUUGCAAAAUUGUACAAACAACUUGAUGACAAGGAUGAGGAAAUUAAUCAACAGAGCCAGUUGGUAGAGAAAUUGAAGACACAAAUGUUGGAUCAGGAAGAGCUUCUGGCAUCUACCAGAAGGGAUCAAGAUAAUAUGCAAGCUGAACUGAAUCGCCUUCAGGCAGAAAAUGAUGCCUCUAAAGAAGAAGUAAAAGAAGUUUUACAAGCCUUGGAGGAACUUGCUGUCAACUAUGAUCAGAAGUCUCAGGAAGUUGAAGACAAAACUAAGGAAUAUGAAUUACUUAGUGAUGAACUGAAUCAGAAAUCGGCAACUUUAGCAAGUAUAGAUGCUGAGCUUCAGAAACUUAAGGAUAUGACUAACCACCAGAAGAAACGAGCAGCUGAGAUGAUGGCAUCUUUACUAAAAGACCUUGCAGAAAUCGGAAUUGCUGUAGGAAAUAAUGAUGUAAAGCAGCCUGAGGGAACUGGCAUGAUAGAUGAAGAGUUCACCGUUGCAAGGCUCUACAUUAGCAAAAUGAAGUCAGAAGUAAAAACAAUGGUAAAACGCUGCAAACAGUUAGAAAGCACACAAACUGAGAGUAACAAAAAAAUGGAAGAAAAUGAAAAGGAGUUAGCAGCAUGCCAGCUUCGUAUCUCUCAACAUGAAGCCAAAAUUAAGUCAUUGACUGAAUACCUUCAAAAUGUGGAACAAAAGAAAAGACAGCUGGAGGAAUCUGUCGAUUCCCUCAGUGAAGAACUAGUCCAGCUUCGAGCACAAGAAAAAGUCCAUGAAAUGGAAAAGGAGCACUUAAAUAAGGUUCAAACUGCAAAUGAAGUUAAGCAAGCCGUUGAACAGCAGAUCCAAAGCCACAGAGAAACUCAUCAGAAACAAAUCAGUAGCUUGAGAGAUGAAGUUGAGGCAAAAGAAAAACUUAUUACUGAUCUUCACGACCAAAACCAGAAAAUGAUGUUAGAGCAGGAACGUCUCAGAGUAGAACAUGAGAAGUUGAAAGCUACAGAUCAGGAAAAGAGCAGAAAACUACAUGAACUUACGAUUAUGCAAGAUAGACGAGAACAGGCAAGGCAAGACUUGAAGGGUUUGGAAGAGACAGUGGCAAAAGAACUUCAGACUUUGCACAACCUGCGGAAGCUCUUCGUUCAGGACCUAGCCACCAGAGUUAAAAAGAGUGCGGAGAUCGAUUCUGAUGACACUGGAGGCAGUGCUGCUCAGAAGCAAAAAAUCUCCUUUCUUGAAAAUAAUCUUGAACAACUCACUAAAGUGCACAAACAGUUGGUACGUGAUAAUGCAGAUCUUCGUUGUGAACUUCCUAAGUUGGAAAAACGACUGAGAGCUACAGCUGAAAGAGUGAAAGCUCUGGAGUCAGCACUGAAAGAAGCCAAAGAAAAUGCAUCUCGUGAUCGCAAACGCUAUCAGCAAGAAGUAGAUCGUAUUAAGGAGGCAGUCAGGUCAAAGAAUAUGGCCAGAAGAGGGCAUUCUGCACAAAUUGCUAAACCUAUUCGACCUGGGCAACAUCCAGCAGCUUCUCCAACUCAUCCAAGUGCAAUUCGUGGAGGAGGUGCAGUUACUCAGAACAGCCAGCCAGUGGCACUACGAGGUGGAGGAGGCAAACAAGUGUAAGCGUUACACAUUACCUACAGGUGUUGAAAGUAAUUGAAGUAUGAAGAGGACACAAUGUCAAGCAGAGUCGAGUCAUUCAGUGACUAUAACCUUUACCCCCUGGGAAUUGUAGAAUUAUAGUGUUUUUAAAUGUAUAAAUUAUACCUGACCUGUACAGCUGUUUCCUGCCCACUUUUCUCGUAAACUCUGCUGCUUCCCAACACAACUAGAGUGCAAUUUUGGUGUCUUAGGGAAAAAUGACAGUUUACAACUGUGGCCCUAUUUAUUACACAGUUUGUCUUUUGUAUCUUAAAUUUAGUCUUCACUGUGCCAAGCUAACUGUACCAUAUAGGAUUGUGGUUUUUGUCCUUGUUUCUUUGUGUGUGUUUAUUUUUUAAUCUCAGAUUACCUAGCUGCUACCGCUUAUUAUUUUUCUUAUUCAAAUCAAAGUGUCUUCCUUAUUUUAGGGGAAAUGAAACAUUUAGAUUAAAUGUCUUAAAUUUUACCACUUACACUACAUGCCCACAAAAUAUAUCGGGUCAGUACUUGAUUUCAGAGUCAAAUUUAUUUUUAUCCUCUCUGAUGUUUGCUUUUGAAAACUACUGUUUGAGCACUGAAACCAUAAAACUGCCUAAGCAGGCAUUUGAGACUGAGCAAGGCUAUAUAAUUGUUAUCUCAUGAAAUGCCUGUUGCUGAAUUUUCUUGAAUAGAAAUAUUUUACAGUAUCAGAAACAAAUCUUAGUGUGAAUUUGGAAAAGGAAUUAUAUUUACAUUUUUCCCAAUUCUAUAACCAACAUAGCUUGAUGGAAUAAAAAUACACUGCUUCAUUCUGGUGAGCCUUCUAGUUAAUAUGAAAAUUGAACAGAUAUUAUUUGUCCACUUAAAAUAGUAAAGUGAAUUGAAAUAUUACAGGAUUAAAUAUAAUUUUAUAUUGUUAGUACUCUAUUGGUUGAUCUGAAUUUAUAGUCUGUGGAAAUUUAGGAAAAAAAGUGGAAGAGCCAGACAAAUAUAUGGUGAAUUUAUAAAUAUGUAGGUAAAUUGUGAUCUCAAAUCCUUGAGGUAUUUUUAACUUGCUACACUAAGUCAUACCCGGUAAUUUAUUUCUUAUUUAGCCUAGAAAUAGUAAAUUAUUUGCAAGUCGCUAAGAAUCUUCAAAUAAAUUAUUUUAUUGGUUAUAACCCAUAAUUUUAUAACUAGUACUAAGUGUACUUGUUUUUUCCACUUCUUCCUCAGAUGAUUAAACUAAGACAACAGUUUUUUUUAGGAAGCUAUAAAAGUAAUAGUGAAAGAGAUUUAAAUAUUUGCUUCAUCAAUGGGGUGGUGACUGCAACUGUGUUAGUGGAAAUUUGCAGAGAAUGGGGUUGUAAGGGUAGAGAACCUUGGAAAGUUCUGUGUUAGGAUCUGGCUGGCAGAAUUAACUUUUUGAAGAAGUUUUAUACACAGAUAUUUGUAAUAAAUUUGGAGCCAUAGUCAGAAGACUCAGAUCAUAAUUGGCUUAUUUUUCUAUUUCCUUAACUAUUGUAAUUUCCACUUUUAUAUAAUUUUUGAUUUAAAAGAUAAAUUUAUUUAUUUAUUUUUUUAACAGUAAAAACCUUUGCUGUUGUAGUCUGCAGCCUUUAAAAUAAUUGUGUUGCUUUUAGGAUUGUUCAGAAGAAACACUCUAAAAAUUGAAAUGAAAUCCUGGUGCAGCAAGAUUAAAGUAAUGCAGUUAACUAAAAAAAAAAAAAUAGUGUUACAGCUUAUUAUUUAUGAUGAUACUUUUCUAAAUUGAGAAAUGUUUAGCUUCAUUUACAUAGACAUUUACAUUCUGUUUUCAGAUCAGAACGCUUUGACAAUAUUCAUAAAUGAAGCGAAUUUUUUCCUCUUGUCUGAAUAUGGUAGUUUCAUUUUUGUUAGAUAUAGCACAGGAGUUGGUGCUGUGUAACAAUGAAUUGUAACUAGCAUGUGGUUCAGAACAUAUGUUAAGUUUUUAAAAAUAUAAGUGUUUUUUUUUUAUUUAUAAUUUCAAACUUUCACAAAGUAUACAGAGAAUCUCAUAAAUUUGUUUUUAGUAAACUGUGCUAUAGGUUAGCAAAUAUAGCGUUUACUCUUACAAAUGAAAAUUUCUGAUUAUCUAGAACAUUGACAUUUUAAUUUGCACCGUCUUUUUUUUUUUUUUUUUACUGAAUAUAUUAAUGUUCCUCUGAAUGGUAUUGAUAAAUGGUUCAGAAGAGAAACUCAGUAAAAUAAAAGUAAUAUUUAUUCAUGGUAAUCAAUUAAAUUAUUUGCCUAACUUAAGAAAACUAGUAUGUUUAACUCAAUUUGACACAAGGUGAUAGAAGAGUCUGAGACCUGUGGGAUAUGUUGGUUUAUUUUCAGUGCUUGAAGAUAAAUGCAAAGAUACUGAUUUGGGAAGAUGCGAUAUAAUUUUAAGUUUUACUUUAACCUGCAUGCUGUAAAUGUGUUUUAUGUUUAAAUAAAAGAGGAAAAACUUU